GAGCUGUAGUUGGGGUGGCGGAUGACGCGGGAGGACCUGAUGAACUGCUCAUUUCCCUCAGUGACCCUGAUGUUGUGCUCGCCCAUACGCACCUCCACGCGGCUGAAAGGAAGCAGAGGGACAGACAGACAGAUUGCUACGGAGGAGGAUAAGAUUGUUGGAGGGUAUGAGUGCAAGGCCUACUCCAAGCCCUGGACGGUGUCUCUGAACUCCGGCUACCACUUCUGCGGUGGUUCCCUGGUCAACGAGAACUGGGUUGUGUCUGCUGCUCACUGCUACAAAUCCCGUGUGGAGGUGCGUAUGGGCGAGCACAACAUCAGGGUCACUGAGGGAAAUGAGCAGUUCAUCAGGUCCUCCCGCGUCAUCCGCCACCCCAACUACAGCUCCUACAACAUCAACAACGACAUCAUGCUGAUCAAGCUGAGCACACCCGCCAAACUGAACCAGUACGUGCAGGCCGUGGCUCUGCCCACCAGCUGUGCCGCCGCUGGCACCAUGUGCACCGUGUCCGGCUGGGGCAACACCAUGAGCUCCGCUGAUGACAGUAACAAGCUUCAGUGCCUGGAGAUCCCCAUCCUCUCUGACAGCGACUGUGACAACUCCUACCCCGGCAUGAUCACCGACGCCAUGUUCUGCGCUGGAUACCUGGAGGGAGGCAAGGACUCUUGCCAGGGUGACUCUGGUGGCCCCGUGGUGUGCAACGGUGAGCUGCAGGGUGUUGUGUCCUGGGGCUACGGCUGUGCUGAGCGCGACCACCCUGGUGUCUACGCCAAGGUUUGCCUCUUCAACGACUGGCUGGAGCAGACCAUGGCCAGUUAUUAAACAUGUACAUUUACAUUUUAGUAACAUCAUUUUGAGCAGUCUUACAACAACUCGC